UUGUUUGUCGGUCGGAGUCGUUCGCGUGCCCGUGUUCGGAGUAGUCAUCCGUCGUCAUUGCUGUUUGUAUUUAGAGACGCGUUGUUGGUUAUAUUCAUUUUCGAUAUACAUGUAUAUGUAUAUAUUUUUUACACAUACACACUUAUAUGUAUUUACAUAUAUACUGCUUUUGUUAUCUGGUCAGGCGGUCUUGUGUUCUUGAAUAGUGCUUCAAAGAAGAGACCCCCAAUCAAUGUUACGCGCACUAACAUACAUGAAAUGUUCGUGAAAUGUUGCAUAUAUUCGCUCAAAACAUAUAAAUUAAUUUAAGCAGCAACGCAAGGAAGAAAAGUAAAGAAUAAAUCAGCUAGAAAAUAAGAAAUAGAGAAAGUGAGCAAGCAACUAGCCAGCAGAGUAAAGGAGAAGCUCUGAAUAGUCAGCACAAACAAAUUGCAACAAUUGAUGGAAUAUCGAAGAUAACCACAGAAAUUUAAGACUGCAAAACAGCAAAGGAGUUCCAACCGCUUUGGUCGCUUUGCUCACCCACGCCUUGCUAACAGAGAAUGUGACACUGCUGUUGCUGGAGCAGGUCGCCGCGACCGGCUGUGCUAUCUUUUGCGCGUCGUCUACCGACUUUGAGUUGCACUGAAAUCGCCGGAACUCUGAAGCGAAGUCCAACACACACAGACCAAUUGAGGUUUUCUCGCCACCCCAGAGCCAUUCAUUCGCCGCCACAGCUCAGCCGCACUCUGUUGAAUUCAGUAUUCAGUUGUCAGCCAACAGCCAAAAAGCCAACAGCAGUUCAUAACAGCAAAUCCACACACGGGGUACCUGUCUAUAUACAAUACAUACAUACAUGUGGUACAUGUGUGUGUAUAUUCAUGCAUACAUAAGCGCACACACAGGCAUACCAGCAGGCGCACAGCGUAUUCAACAUGAGAAUCAAAGCGCAAAUAAGAAAGUCAUAAAAAUAAAAUAAUUAUUCAGCACAUAUCUUUUGCGGCCUUGUCAUCGCGAACAAAAAAAUAUUCGAAUUCCGCGUUGCUGUGUGUUUUAUAAGUUUUCUUUUUCACAUUUUGUGCAAAAUAUUUGUUACGGAGCAGCAGCAGCAUUGGCGGAAGCACCAGCCAUUGCAAAAAUAAAAGCGCGCAGUGAACUAACAGCAGCAGCAACACAGCAAACGUUACACGAUUAGCCAACACAUUGUAGCCGCCAUUGUUAAAUUGUCAAGGGUGAUAAGAGAAAAACGUAAAGCAGUGCGCCAAUUGGAAUUCUUUGCCCGGCGGACUGAGUGACCCUUCGAAGGCUGCUGCGCCGCAUCGCGCCUCACCGCGCCAACUCACACGCCCAACCCGCGCCGCUGGCGUCACCCUACCUUUUGCCAACAACCUUCCGCCUGUCCCGCUUGGCCCUAAAAGCGCCUGACAUCCAACUGUGAUAUACCCUGAUACUGAUUUUUGUGUUCGUUGUCGUCGUCAUCAUCGGCGUCAUUAUUUCUAUUCUUUUUUGUUUUAUAAAUUGUAUGCAUACAUACAUUUCAAAUUACGUUUUGUGUAUUUGUGUGCCUUUCUCGUUCGUUUCGUUGCCGUCGCCGUUGCCUUUUUGUGGCUCGUUGUAUAUUUGCAUCGUUGAGGGCGGAAACAGCCGCCACGCCGCAAUCGUUGUCGAUUAUGUUCGUAAAAUAAACGAGAAAUAUUUCAUGUUGAUGUUAAGGAAAUGCGCCGCCACCCAAUAAAAGUGUGGCAACGCCCGUGCUCUUGCUAUUCUUCCGCGACAUGAUGAAAGUAGAAUUGAAGUGUAUAAAUGUUUUGCGUGUGACGAGCGUGUAAUAGAAUCACUAGCAGUAGUCGACAGAAAAGGCUUUAUUCUCCCCUCCCCUCCUCCUGCUCCUCAUACUCCUCCUCCUCCUACUACUGCUCUUCUUCUUCAUCCAUGUGAUAUGCUAUAAAUGAACACAAUUUGGUGGUAACUUUUUGCCAGCGUGGUUGAAAAAAAAGAGAAAGGUGGGGAAUUCACCUUCCAGCAACCAACAAACACAGCAGCCGCUUCCAAAGCGCCAACAAUACAGUUCAACUAUCUGCGUUGUACAACGGAACAGCAGCAGCAGCCUGCAAAGCAGCAAAUCAGCAAAUCAAUUUUACAUGAGAUAUACAACGCACACAUUCGCACUCACACCCAUAUAUACAUGCCUACGUAUGUUCGUACUCACAUAGCAGUCGUAACAUUUAAAGCAAAGCGCCAUCGAAGCAAACAGUCAACUAACUGUUUAACCAACCAGCAGCAGAAGUGCACAAAGUGCCGCGUAGAACGUGAAAAGAAGAUGUAAUGAAUCCUUAGGUGCUAAUUUAGUGAAUAAGAAAAUUUUAAGUACAAUAAAAAAGUUAUCAACCACAACCGCAACCGCAACAACAACAACAGCAACCACAAAACAACUAGCAUAACUCAACGGUAAAGUAAGAGAACGUAAGAACGCACGCAACAAGAAAAUACUAAAUCAAAGAAGAAGAAAAACGUUUUUAAUUAGAAAUCAAAUAAAUUGAAAGCUCCACGCUCAUUCGCUACGAGUAAAAUGGUAGUGUGCAAAGGUGAUUGAAACAAGCGGAAAUAGUAAGACUAAGCAAAGAAAGUGCCAGAGAAAUGCAUGCAGAGCAACAAACACAACACAACACAACAUUUAAAAAGGAGAAUUGAGCACUGAACGCAAAAAGUAGAAAGCCGAAAGUAGAAAAAGCACUAAGAAAUAAGAAGUAAUAAAUUAAGCCAGCAAAGCCAAAAUACGUAGAAAAGAAGCGGAGGAAAUAAGUUGGAAGAAGUGAAUAUCACAUUUAAAAUAAAUAGUUUACAUAUAUUUUUUUAAGUAAAGAGUUUCUAAAACUAAGCAAAGCAAAGCAAAGCAACAUACAUAAAAAGAGAAAAUAAAAAUAAAAAUCUAGUUUAAAGUUAAUGUCUAGUUUUUGGCGCCAAGUUGUAAAUCACCGAAAAUCAGCAAGCAAGCCAGGACAACAAUAGCCACCCCGUCGUAAGCUGACAAUAAAGGAGCCACGAAGAAAGAACACAAAUACACACACACACAUACACUUACAAACCCGCUUGUAUUUGCUUGCGUCGUCCAGUCGCUGGGAGACAGAAAGACAGCGCUUUUACACACACACACGCAGAGACAAACUGCGCAAAGAUGCCCAAAUAUUUUAUUGCUUCAGCAGCAACAACAACGUCAGCAACAUCAGCAGCAAGCGCAGCUUACAGCAACAACAAUAAUAAUAAUGGUACACCGCAAAUGGUUAUCAAAUCAGCUGUGCGGCAACUCUCCUACGACACGGUCAACACUAGUGGCAACAACAAUAACAACAGCAACACGAAACGCAAUUCGAAUUCAGCAUUUGUAUCGUCGUCAUCGUCUGGUUCAUCAUCGCCAGUGUCGAUGAUGAUGCAGACCGGCGAGCACCAACAACGGCAACUAAAGGCGCAAGUAAUCAGUAGCGCUGCAUCAGUGCCACUUGCAACACAUCUGCUGGAUCAUGGAUAUGGUGUGACGCUGAAGCAGGCACCAUCAACUUCGGCAUCAGUAUCGUCGUUGUCGUUGUCGUCGUCCGUGGCAACGGCGGCGGCGGCGACGACGACGCCCGCAACAUCUAACUUCACCGGCAAGUACACGUCCACGGCGGCGAGUAGAAAUCCCGCAGAUUCCACACCACACAUAACGGAGUACUAUAAGCAAGUAAAACGUCGCAAUCCCACGUCCGUUGCCGAACAAAGCAGCCAUCCCAAGAAGCAAGCCAAACAUCAGUCUGCGUCGUCCGGUGAUUUUGCCAGUAAUGUGGUGGUGGUGCAGCAGCCGCCAUCGCGCUCACAACAAUUCCAACAUAAAACCACCAAGCAACAGAUGUUGGUGCGCACAAGUAGCAGCAACAACAACAACAAUAACAACCAUAUGGCUAGCUCACAACAUCAACGCGUGGCGGCAGCGUCUACAUUGCAUUUUGCCGCGCCCUCACCGCAACCACAACGCCCGCCAUCGUCUGCCUCAUCGACUUCAUCGUCGAUUGCGUACAAAACUGGCACAUCCUCGUCCGUCUCUUCAUUACCCGCCUCGAAACGCACACCCGAAGGUAAUCGCGCCGACACCUCACUCGGCAUACUGACGAAGAAAUUCGUCGAUUUGCUGCAAGGCUCACCGGACGGUGUUGUCGACCUCAACGAUGCGUCAGCCAAAUUGCUGGUACAAAAACGACGCAUCUACGACAUCACGAACGUGCUGGAAGGUAUCGGGAUACUGGAGAAGAAGUCGAAGAAUAACAUUCAAUGGAAGUGUGGCAACUCGUUGGUGAGUUCGGAUCGUACGCGGGACAUGCAGCUGGAGAAUGAAAGACUCGAACAAAAAGAGAAUCAGUUGAAUAUGUUGAUCGAUCAGAUACGUGAGGAGCUGAGCACUGAGAUAUCGAAUAACAAUCAACUGGCCUAUGUGACGCAUACCGAUUUGAAAAGUGUCGAUCUGUUUAAGGAUCAGAUAAUAAUCGUUAUAAAGGCUCCACCGGAAGCCAAACUUGUGCUACCUGACACACUUUGUCCACGUGAGAUCUACGUUAAGGCCGAGAACAAUGGCGAAAUUAACGUAUUCCUCUGUCACGACAAUUCACCCGAAAAUUCGCCAACAUUCUCUUCACCCGCCGCCCCGCCGUACCGUCAGCAGCCGCAUCAAUUCAACGAUCCACUGUUCGACGAUAUCAGUCGAUUGACACCUAGUCUUGAUGACGACAAACGUAUGCGCCUAGGUUUACCCCCACUUUCAUCGUCAAAAGCAUCGUCAACGACGUCCACGAGCGGCAAUACAUAUCCCGGUAGUGCCGCACCCCUCGCACGUUCCGCACAACGAAAUCUCAGUAAAUCAAUUGAGGAUGCCGCACGUCAAACUGCUGCUGGCUCGGCUGAUGGCAAUGGUGUCGGUGGAGCAACCGAUUAUAAUUGUGAUAUCGUUGGCAGCUACCACACACAACAACAACAGCGAGAGCAACAGUCCAGCAGUAAUACUGGUGCACACGAUGGCAACAACUACAACAUACAGCCAACCAUAACGCGACCAGUGCUGACGCAAGCGGAAGCCGAACGCAUUUACGAGCAAGAUUUCGAUUGUGAGAUGUUCGGCAGGCGUAAACUGGGCGCUGCGUAUGGCGGUAGCGGCGGUAGUCAGCGGCAGCAACAGAGUAGUGAUUCAACAAACCAUACGCUUAAUAGUUGUAGUAACAAUAGAAAGUCAGGUCUUAAAAACGAUGUAUCCAUGGUGAAUAGUGCAAUGGAAGAGCAUAAAGCAGCAGUUGAGGCAUCAGCAGCAGCGACGGAAGCGACGGUCACGGUCACACCAUCGUCGUCGGCAACAACAUCGUCAUCAUCUACGGGUGCUGCAGCGAAUAGUAGACGAAGUGAUAGUGCCGCAGCUGCUGCUGCCGGUACUUCGACCUCAGCGGCGUUGUCAUCAAUGCCAAUAACGCACACACCCUCCAUGUUUGGCGGCGGUGGCAGCCGACCAUCCACCAGCGAGAGUGGCGGCAUGGCACGCAUGGACUCGCACAUAGCAGACAUGAUCGGUUCGCAUGGCGGUAGCACAGGCAUACGAAACGCGCUGAUUUCGAAUUCGCUGAACCUCCUGAGUCCGGGCCCAUUGCCAGGCGUGCAGAACUACUUUGAUGAUCUGCCACCGUUCCUACCCAUCGAACCACCGCUCGAUGUCGACUACAACUUCUCACUGGAUCAAACCGAGGGUCUUAUCGAGUUGUUUAAUGACUUUACCUAAAAUUUUAAAUACAAAUAGAAAUAAAAAAGAAGAAAUUUAAAAAGUAAAUAUAAAUAAAAAAAACAAAACAAAAACAAAAGAAAAUAGUUGUUUAAGCAAGUAAAAUAAUAUAUUCAAUGUAUAUGUGUAGAAAUAAUCACAACCACCAAUAAAAACAAAAAAAUGCAAAAAAUUUAAAUAAAUUAAAAACUUCUGUACGCUACUGAAUGGAGAACGAAGUAAUAUUAUUAUUAAAAUUAUUAUUAAUAUUAAUUAUUAAUACUAAUUUAAAUUUAUAAAUAUAUUCUUUAUAUAAAUACAUAUAUAUACUUUAUAUAUACACAUAUAUAUAUAAACAUAGAUAUUAAUAAUUGUUAAUACAUACAUACGAAAAGAAGCGGUAAUAAAACACACAAGCCGAAGCUCUCCAACAACUUCAAAAUAAAAAAUAAAUUAGUGUUUGAAAGCAAACGCAAAAGGUUUUAGUAGGUUUGAGGGAAAGUAGUGCGACACAUCUACACACACACACACACACCCAUACAUACAGUUCAUUCUUAUUUGAAGUGAAUAAUUCUUUAUAUACAUGGGGGCGUACGUAUGUACAUGCAUACAUACAUAUGUAUACAAAUUCAAAUAGAUAUUAGUAAAUGUAAUUAUUAUUAAAUAAAAAAAUAGCAUAAAACAAAUACAAACGAAGAGAAGCAGCAGCAGCAGCAUUAAAAGCUACUUUUUAAGCCCCGCAAAAACCAAAAUUUUGUAAUUAGCGAGAGAAGGCAGGAGUGUAGAAAUGUUUUAAAUAAAAAAAGGAGAAAAUUUAAAAUAAAAUAAAAUUAAAAAAAAAAAUAGAAAUUAUAAAAAGUAUAAAAAUUUAACUGAUUUUUGAAAAGCAAACAAAAAUUAAAUGUACAGAUUUGCCGGCAGCAUGAAAAAUUAUAAAACAAACCGAUUUGCAACAGCAAAAAUAACCACGAAAACAAAAUGAAUGCAAAAAACAAUUUUAUAAAAAAGUAAUUGAUUUCAUAAUAUUUGAUAAUAAUUACAACUGAGUUUUCUUGUACACCAAUUAAUUUCAUUUUACUUCAAAACGCAAUGCUGUCACGACAUUAAUUAAUAUAACAUAUUUUAGCAACAACCAUUUAAAAACUAUUUUUGCAGCAGUAAAGCGACAGCAAGCAGCACCACUGGAAAUUAUGAAAUUUUGAAUUUUUUGAAAUUUAUGAAAUUCUCGCAAUCUCAUUUUUUUAUAUUCAAAUAAAAAGAAGAAAAAUUGAAAAAAAAAACAAAAA